UAAAUGUCUGCCAUAGCGUCCAAGAAGGUUAUCAAGUACGUUGACAAUGUUUAUGUGACGGUAGUUUCGGUUGAAUUUUGCAGUUUUAGCAUUUUGAAAACCACGGAGUGUUUCAGUGUCUAAAAAAACACCUAGGAACAAGAGCAUAACGACGUCGCUUGUGCCGAGGCAGAGAUAAGGUGCCCUAGUAGGCACUUAGCAACAGAAUUUUAUUUUGGCGUAGUGGGCGGACAUUGAAAACCUUUAGAGGCUUGAGCUCAGCACUGACUGACUCCAUCUCUUGGCUUUGUGUUCGGAUCGAAGAUCUGUCGUCAGGGUUUUUGAUUUGCGAAGUGUUAUUAUGAUCAGUUGGCAGGAGGAAGAUUAUUACAUGCCAGACGAGGUGUACAAGACUUUGAUAUUGCGAAAAGCGAUAAGAGCGAGUAUAAUAAGGCUCCCGAGUUGGCCGAGACUUCUACUAAGACUAUGGUAAAUGUCUACGUCUCAUUUUGAGAAGCUUAAGUAUAUUUGAAACGUGCAAUUGAACUAAUAACGUUAAGCAGAAAUCCAAGUUUGGUCUAGGAUAUCACUGGGAAAGAUAGGUCUUGGAACAUUGCAUCAGUUGUACCAAAUUAAUGCCCCGAGAGUAGUAUCAUUUGGAAUCUUGAAACAUCGGUCGGGAAGUCAACGAGAACGAGGCAAUUGUUCUGAAGUCAGGAGGGUGAAGUCAGCCACAGCCAGCAAAAUGAAGCUUCUUCCAGAGUCGUCCGGGUUUGAGGCGAUCAACAACGCCCUCAAUUUCGAAACUGUGGAUGGUUCGAUCAACGGAAGGUUGGAAAGUUAUUCCUGCAAAAUGGUGGGACAGGAAAAGGCUCUCUACAAGCGAUUUCAUAGUUUCUCUGGAGUAAAUGACCUUCAGGCACUUUCUCCCCCUCAGUCCGUGUUUGGAGCAUCACAUUUCUAUACUAAAUUUGCCCAACCAGAGUGCCUCCUUGGCCUCUGCUGUCAGUUUCAAGCUCUAUUCUCAGGGGUUCGCAAGCAGUGGGGGAGAAGACAGUCCCCACUAGAAGACAAGAUAAAUCGAAAGACGCUAUUUUACCUGAUUUCCACCUUGAACGCAGCUUUCCAUCCUGAUUAUGAUUUCAGCAAUGCAUCAUCCCAAGAAUUUUAGGAACCAUCACUUGAGUGGGUGAUGAGAGCUGUAGAAAGACAAAUGAUGGCUGUUGCUCGCUCUGAGUUUUCGCCUGUUGCUUCAUCCCUUUGGGCAGCUUUAGAUGAUGCCAUCUGCCUGCGUGAUACAGAAAUCUACAGUUAUAAUCCUGAUCAAACUUCAGACCCAUACUCAGAAGAUGGAUGCUUGUGGUCUUUCAACUACUUCUUUUACAACCCUCGCCUUAAGCGAAUUGUAUUCUUUACUUGCCGUUCAGUUUCACAAUACUGUGGCUCACCGUAUGACUCAGGACUUAUUGGAAACUCUUGUAUGGACAUGGAAGAAUAUUAAAUGGAAAUAAUUUCUCAUGGUAACUUCAGGUCAUCUCUUCAUAGUUUACUUUAUCACUAUGCUACACUCUAAUGAGGCUUUUUGAACUAAUUUAAUCAACCGAUGAAGAGAAAGGAAGUUCACUUCUCAGGUUUUACCUCACUAUGAAGUAUUAAAAGGUUCAUCCCUGUCAGCAUUUCAGUACUAUAUCAUUUGCAAAUAGGCAAAGAUUUUGCGUGAAUGAUUUUAGAAAAAUUAUUUAAACUCUAAAAUAAAUGUCAAUAUUAGGUAUUGGAAAAAGUGGCAUGAUUUAGUUCAGAGUCGAGAUAAUUUUACAUUGAGUAAUGAUAUAAGCAUUUGGCAAAGGAAUUUUAGGUUUUUAAGAAAUGCAGGUAUUUUUGUUAAUUUCCUUUUGUAUGAAUGUAAUUGAAAAGACAAACUGUUAAUGAGGGUUGGUUUAAGCAACAUUGAUAAAGGAACUAGAAUACUUUAAUGUGUACAUAUUUUCAAGUGUCUUGAAGAAAUGUUUAAAAGAGGAAAUCGAACUUUUCAAGAUAAUAAAAUGAAAGUACAUAUUAAUUAUAUUUGAGCUCAGUGAAGACUAUAUCUGGGAUUGUAGUCAAAAUAUUUAUUUCCAUCACUGCAAAGAAACUAGCUUGAGAGGCUUUUUUAGGAAGCAUGCUUAGUAUCCUACACUGCAAACUAGUUUUUAGAGUCUCAUGACGGACUGUAAAGCAAAUGUGGUGUACGAGUAAUCAAGAGUAACUGAUUGUUCCCUCGUGAAAUAUGUGUGAAAACCUGCUACUGUGACCUACAGCAUUUGCACGUUGAGGUUGAUUGAUUAUAAUACUGAGCGUUGUUUACUAUUAAAAUAUUUGCAGAACUUUUUUCUCAUCUUUUGCCUAAAAAGUAUGGAUGUUAAUUGUAUUAUUUUAGUUUUGAUUGCUGUUAAUUUUAUGUUAUAUGUCAAAUUUUGAACAUUUUAUCUACACUGAUGUGUAAUGAAACACUAGUUCUUGUUAUUAUUUGUACAGCAUAUCAGAGACUGCAUUGUAUGUAUUGGUAGCUAUAGUUGGUUAUUUGAUUAAUUUAGCAUGGAUUUUGGCUGGAUAAUACACCUUGGUAUGUCAGUACGUAGUUGGUGUUUUUCCAGCUGAAUGUCUUUUUUUGUUUUUUUGUUUUUUCCUCUACAUGCAAGAGAUGCAAGUGAGCUAGUCACAAAAAAAUAAAGUACAAAAAAAAAGUUAGUUCUAUAUAACAUUGCUCCUUCAUCCUUUCAUAAUAUACCUAGUGUUUAUUGUUUAAUAUAUUUUACUCUGGUUUAUUACUGCUCCAAGAGGUCCAUUUUAUUUAUAUAAACAGUAAUGUUAAGUUUGAUAGCAAAUAACUUUUUAUACUGUACCUGUAUUUUAAAGGGCAGAAAGUGAGUGCAAGAUAUUCAGCAGAUUAGUUUGUGUAUGCUCCUAACCUUAAGAUAAGUACUGUAUUAUGUAGCUAAGAAAAUAUAAUGUAGCUGCAAAGAAAAAAUUAAGUUACAGUGAGGGAAAAUAGUACCCCAUUAUUUAGAAGAAGACAGCAGGAAGAAACAAAAGAAAAAACAAAAUGAUUAUGGAAAAAAUUAAAUGAUAACCAUGUACACAGUACUCUAAAGCCUAUACGUAUCCUGAAGGAUUGGAGAAUUAUAAAUUAUACUUUAAGUAAUAUUUUAUAUGGAAUGUGCAUUAUAUAUUUGGGUUUUAAGGGAAAUGCAUGUGAUAACAUUUAACUAACAUAUUUUUAGACUUUCAAGAUACUGUGAAAAUUGUAAGGGGAUAUCAGCAUAUGCAGUGUAAACUACAGAGGCUAUUGCGAUGCUUUUGGUAAAAGUGAUAUUUGUCUUGGCUCUCUCUUGUGUUGUUUUUGAUGUAGCUGGUACAGUGACUUCUGCUUAUGUGAACUACCAAUUAGUACCUUAUCCAAACCACACACUAUCAAAAUAGCCUACACACUGACAUGUCUGUCACUUUCUUCUCAUUACUCUAUUAUUGCACUAGUACUUUACUUGCUCUUGGAGUAACUAUUUGUUUGGAUAAAAUAUGCCAUUCCUUCAACUCAGCAGUUGAAAACAUAGCACUUUUUGUGAUCUAAUGCAAUACUGUAUUUUGCAAGUGCAUUGGAUAUUUGUACACAUCUGUGUAUCAAAGAGUUUAUAUGCUUGCACUCAAAGUGAUAGAAACGCAAAGCAAACCAUUUGCUCCUUGUUAUGCAUGGGGCCCUAGAAAGGAAAAUGGAAAUUUUGUUGUGCCAAGAAGGUUUUUUUGCUUGCCCAAUGUACUUAAGUUUUACAUUGUUUUGUUUUGCACUUAUUAUUGUGGUGUGUUUGCUGAAAAAGUUCUAACCAAAGCCAACAGCUUUAAUCCUAGACGAUUUUCAAAGGGUGACAGCUGGAAUGAUGGGCUAAGAAAGUGAUUUUUUGUUCCAGUAUAAAAAAAAAAAAACAUUCAAAAGGCUGUCAAUUGGAAGUUUUUUCUUGGAAGUACAGCAGUUAUACUGCAGAUUAUUUUUUAAUGUACUAAAUAUUAGCAACUAACACUAGAAAAGCUUCAUCUACUAAUUUUUAGGAUUAUAUAUUUUACUGCAUGGCAGUACUGUAAUUUCUAUAUAGUGUUCAAGGAUCUGAUCUCAUAUACAGUAUAUGGAAGCUUGAAAUUUAAGAAAAAUCAGCCAUAAGUAAUCACGGAACUGUUUAUAUAUGCUGACUAAUUUUCAUCUUAAAAGCACAGACAUUUCGGUUCCAUUUUUAUAGCAAUGUCUUCUGGUUCUAAGAAAGAAGAUGGUAGUGUUGUACUUCAGGAAAAUCAUUGUUAUCUUUCAUUGCAAUCUAAUGAGAACACAUGUACAAGAAUAUUAGGCUAGCCAGCAGGAUGACCCAUUCAAUGUAAAUCCAUCCUGACUUACACCCUGUAGCAUUUAGUUAAUGUAAUUUUAGGAGAUUCCUGCCCAUAAUUAGGAAAGUUAUAUAUUAUUUUUUUGUUUUCAUUUUAGAAAAAAAAUACCUGUCCUUAGCACAAACAGGAUUGGUGAAAACAUAUAUUUUUAUGCAAUACUGUAAGAUCUUGAUUUGUCCAAUAAACCUGAAAAAUCAAUGGAA